AGAGAGACACGCCCUAGAGCUAGUUGAUCUGCGAGAGAAGGAGAGAUGUCAUCAAGUUCCUCGCCUGGGGAAGGCUAUGAGAAGGCCCUAGGUCUCCUACAGCAGCUCCAGAAUACAAUAGAGACCCAGCAGAAGGAUAUAUCUCGGCUGCAGUCCAGAGUAAAGAGUCUUAGAGGACAGAAUGAUGAGCUGAGGAGAGAGAGGGACGAGCUACGUGAGAGUCUUGCGGACAAGAUGAACAAGAUUGCAGAGCUGAGCAGGAAAACCUCUUCAAUGAAAGGACGGGCUAGUCUCCCUUCCUUACAAAAUAGCAGCAACAGUCCUCCUGUUCCAAGAGAGCCUGACUUCAGAUUCAGUGGAGAUUACGCUGAGCCAAUACCUCUGGUGACAGUAGAGGGUUGUCAAGUGGAGGAGGAAGGAGCUUUGGAGCAAGGAAAAGUUACACUGAGGAGAAGUCGUUCACGCGGUGACAGUGAAAUCAGGAAAGGAGUCUAUCUGCCAAGCACUCCUCCUAUCGUCCCAAGGCAAUCACGCCGUGAGUCAAAGAAAGAGAGAGAAGAAACCAACACAGAACAAGAAGAGCAAGAAGAGGAUCAGGAUAGUUCAGAGGAAGAGGAGGAAGAAGAAGUAUCUAUUACUCCAGUGCCACAGCAUCUCUUGGACAGUGAGAGGUUCAAUAAUUCCUCAGACAUGAGUACAGACCUCUCCAGCAAUGAGGGAUCCAUCACUAGUAUGGACGACUGCAGGAGUCCUGCUUCAAGUGUCACUGCAUCUCCUACUCACGACUCCAUUAACUUCGUGUUCAUGCAGACACCAACGGACUCAAGAGGCUUUCCUCAGUUUGGGAGUGAGGAAGAGGAUCACCCAAUCACUGCCUCCAUGCCGCCAAUGAGGAGUCGCCUAGCAACUGUUGCUCACGUUGCCCAGAGAAGAAAAAAGACCACAGACGAUAAAGUAACCAAAUCUACAUCACUUCACAGACAGAACUCCUUCCCGAGACGAGGAAGGAAGUUGAGUGAAAAUGAAGAUAGUUUUCAGCUUUCACCGGACAUGGAGUUAAAAAUACAACAGCUGAUACAAGAAGGCCUCGGUAAGAAAUAUGGCGGACUUGACAGAGCCAACCGAGCAGCUGGUGUGAUCCAGAAAGCUUAUCGCAAGCAUAAGAUUGACCUCCAUUUUAAAAUGUUGCGUAAAAUGCAGCAAGACCAGGCUGGUGGGAUCAGAGAGAGGAGAAGAACAAUGUCAGUUAGACACAGGGCAACCAGCAUCCUUAAGAACAAGCUCAGUGCCACCAAAAUGACACAAGUCAGGGAGAACAUGUCCGGACUGAGUCCCUCGAUAUCUCGUAGGGAACUCCGCAAGAAGCCAAGCCCAAGCUCUAGCACUAUUGCAGAGAGUUCUUCGAGCAGUUCCUUAAAGGCUGACGAAGGUGAGGAUGAAACUCCUCCUAGCAUAUUCGAAGGAUUAUCAAGCACUACCUUGAGGGAGUUAUUUCCACCUGGCCCUCCCCGCCAACUGAGUAAAUCAGCUUUAGAAAGGAAGAAGAACAUUGGGACAAACAUAUUCAACAGGAAGCCAGUGAAAGGUAUCCAGUAUCUGGUGUAUCAUGGCGUGUUGAAAGACGACCCAUCCGAUGUGGCCAACUAUAUGAAGGAUCAAUAUGGCCUCAGUAAAGAAAGGAUUGGGGAAUUUGUUGGUGAAAUACGCUAUGACUUUAACAUGCUUGUACUAGAGUGCCUGGUCCAGCUGAUUGAUCUUAGUGGAAAGUCAAUUGAUGAAGCUUUGAGAAGCUUUCAACUUUUAUUCAGAAUGCCUGGCGAGGCUCAGAAGAUAGACAAAGUGAUGCAGGUUUUUGCUGGUGAGUAUUACCAUAGUAACAAAGAUGGAGGCAUCAUCAAGUCAGAAGACGCUGCUUACGUCCUAUCAUUUGCAAUAAUGAUGCUACACACUGACCUUCACAAUCCUUCGGUUAAGAGACACAUGUCAAAGAAUGACUGGAUCAAAAUGAACAGAGGUAAGGUGAAAAUGGAUGGAAUUCUCUCCUAACCAUUUUAUGUGCAA